ACCCGCCGAUCGCCCCGCCCGCCCACUACUACCCGCCCUGCGCCUCUCUACUCCACUUCCCUUCCCUUACCUCCACCACCCGCACUCUCCCUAUUCACCCACCCUAACAAGAUUCUUAACACAUUGUUUCAAAACAUUAUUGCUGCAUCGCCGCGACAAAUAGUAACACACACUACACUUUACCACGCUCAACCAACAUUCCUAAUCAAUACACGAGAAAACGUACGCAUGGGCCACACCACCCCAUCCUCACCACCCAAUCUCCCCAAACCAAGACCGAUGCGCAAAACCAGCUCGACUUGGGCAAUAUAA